CUGGAAGGUUCCGCGCCGCCCCUCAGUCGCUGGCGGGCGGCGGCGGCGGCGGCCGGAGGCGGUGCUGCGCUGCUGUUCUGUCGCGGUUCUAUCGCGUUUCUAUCGCCGAUCGCGGCCUGCGCAGGAGGCCCCGGCGCUAUGGGGGUGACCCACGAAGGGGGGCUCUCCCCUCAGGACCCGUGCGGCGGCAGCCCAGCGGGCUGGAGCCGGAGCGCCCAGGUGCCGCAGGGGAACCAGCGCGGGGCGUGCCCGGCAGCGCCCAGCGGAACAGAGACGGGGCACUGCCGAGCAGCAGCCAAACCCGACCCGGCUGCCGAGAGCGCGCAGAAGAGCAGCGCCGGGCAAACGCAGGACAUGACGCAUUUCAUGGACGACCUGAGCCUCAGCUCGCCCAAGCAGAGAGCAUCCCCGGGCGGCUCGGGGCGGAGCUGCGCCCGCUCCUCCAGCCGCUCCUCCAGCCGCUCCUCGCGCAGCUCCAGCAGCUCCAGCAGCUCCAGCUCCAGCCGCUCCUCGCACAGCUGGAGCCGCUCCCGGUCGCGCUCCCGCUCGCGGCGCGCCCGCCGCUGCCGGCGCUGCUCGCGCUCCCGCUCGCGCAGCCGCUCGCGCUCCCGCGGGUACCGGCGCUCCCGGCGGCGCUACCCGGCCCGGCGCUACCGGCACCGGCGGCCCCGGCCCCGCUCGCGCUCGGCCUCCCGCGGCAGGGCGCGCUGCCGCCGCUCGUACUCGCGCAGCCGCUCGCGCUCCCGCCGCCGGCGCUACUACGGCUUCGGCAGGACCGUGUACCCCGAGGCCUACAGGGGCUGGAGGAGCCGCUCCCGCACGCGCUCCCGGAGCAGGUCGCCUCUGCACCUCAGCGAGAAGGACAAGAGGGAACUCCUGGAAAUUGCAAAAGCCAAUGCUGCCAAAGCUCUGGGAACAGACAACAUUGUCCUGCCAGCGAGCCUGAAGAUCCCUGCUCCUGCCAAAGAGAUCAAAACGGAGAAGCAGCAGGAGCGUGAGGAGGCCACGGAGUCAGCUGAGCAACCUGGGAGUGCAGCUGGGGACGUGACCAAGGCUGGCAUGGAGAGGGCAACCAUCCAGAGGAGCAUCUCCUUCAGCCCUAAUAACACAAUGGCCAAGCCCGCGCUGCAGAAGCCGGUGAGCCACGCUGUGGUUAAGGAGCCAGUGGUUUCUCCAGCCAGGGAGGAGGACAGGAAGGGAAGCCCCUAUGGGCAGUGGGUUCCUGUCAAGAAGGAGGAGAAGAAAACAUUCCUGAACUUCUCACCCAAAAGCUCCCUGUUCCGGGCACGCUGAGGGACAGACUGCAGCACAGAACAGAGACUUCUGAUGGAGAUUUGUUAAUACUGAGUAUUUAUUCUGAGGUCUUAUUUUUUGGAAUCUUAGGUUUCUCUUUCAGAUAGAGAGCACACAGAUCCAGAAGCCACAGAUGGGAAUCUUGUGUACAUUUGUAAAUAUUUUGUAUUGCUUUUCUGGACUAGAACUUGCAGGUGGGUAACUUUUUCUAAACCAUAGUUGAGUAACUGUUCUUUGAACACCUGGAUUUACAUUGUGUAACUGUUUACUUAAGUGAAUAAAGUUUAGUUUUGCACUGGC